CGUGUCGUGCUACGCUAGUUUAUAUUGUGAUUUGUAAAAAAAAUAUAUUUAGAAAACGGACAAUUGGUUAUAGUUGCUAAAAAAUACAAAUAAGUAAUUUUAUAGUGAUGACAAUGAACUUGAAUUGAAAUUAAAACGAUAAUAGACAUGUAACUAAAAAGUUAUAAGUGAUAUUUUUGUCAAAUUCACACCUUUAUUUAAAGUGAAAAGCCUAAAAAUCCAAUUGGAACUGACCGUAUUUUAACCAAAAUAAAAAUGCAACGAAAUAAAGGCUGUUAGCUUGUGAUUUUUCAAAUAAAAAAAAGUGUCUGAAAUAAAAAGGUUUAGUGUUAAUCGUAAAAAAUGGAGUCAAAAGUCGAAAUAAGUGAGACACAAACUCAGAAAAAGGUACCGAAGCCAUUUUCCAUAGAAUCUCUGAUUGGAGAUCGGAAAUCACCUGAAAUAGACAUAGAGAAUAAUAUCUCAGAAAGUUCUCGAAAUUCAGAAGACGAGGAAAACGAACGAUUGGAAGGAUUUAAUCAGAUGAGAUAUUACGCGCCAUUUUUACAACAAAAUGGAUUCCCGUUUCUACUAGGGUAUCCAGAACCGUGGCUGUCAAGAGUGCUUGGGUCCGUACCGGCGCCAGUGAGGGAAAAUCGUGAAGAGGAGAAGAGGGAGAGUCCUGUGAGUGUCGGGAGUGAGGCUGAGAGUGAUGGCGGAGAGGAAACUAACCAAGGAAACGACUCGGAGCCUGACCCGGAAGACUCGACAGACACAGCGAGAGAGAACAAGGCGAGAAGAAGAAGAACUGCCUUCACAUCGGAACAACUCCUGGAGCUGGAGAGGGAGUUCCACGCCAAGAAGUAUUUGAGCCUCACUGAGAGGUCACAAAUAGCCUCCGCUUUGAAACUUAGUGAAGUUCAGGUAAAAAUAUGGUUUCAAAAUCGUCGAGCGAAAUGGAAACGCGUGAAAGCGGGCCUCGCGUCCGGCAGCCAUUCCAGCAAAAAUGGUUCCGGCACCAAAAUAGUGGUUCCCAUACCCGUCCACGUAAAUCGAUUCGCGAUUCGAACGCAACACCAUCAGAUGGAGAAACAAAAUCUUCAGUAUCGAUUAGAAAGGCAGCCACCACUACCAGGCAGCCUCCUACAAUCACAGACGUCAGCGUUCUUAAGUGCAACAAAAAUCGAUUCGAAUAAUCGAUUGGAUAGGGAACCGAUUGUGAGUGGUCGCAGCCCUAUGUUUGACGUUUCAAUGCCUGGCCGUAUGGCGACUAUGAAUCAAGUAAAUCUGAGACAUUUUCAAAAUGGCCGGCCGAGCUAAUUAUUGGUUAAUGGACCAAUUGUGUUUUUUGGAGCUUGAGUUUUAGGGAUGAUUGCCGUAAAUGAUAAAUGAUAUUUAUUUUUGCAAAUAGGUUACAAUGUAAGUCUUUUACACGUCAGUCUCUUAAAUAACUAGAUGAGGCCGGCAUUUCCUAUCGGACUACUCUGAGAAGAAAUGCCGAAACAAACUCAGAGGUCAUAGUCUCUCUUAAAGUCCAGACAAAAUCAAUUAAAGAUGUCUGAGAUGUUAACGACCAAACAUUCUUAAUCCAAAUUAUCUGGUAAAAAAUAUUUGUCGAAAAUUCGAUAGAGCUAAUGUUAAAACGUCUUGUUAAAAGUCAAAUCAUUUAUUCUAAGCUUUAAACCCUAUAUAAUUAUGUCAAGGUAUCAUCAUUGUUAUAUACUUUACUUAGCUAAUUCCAUAGAAUUAGCUAACACUUUAACCAUACCAGACCAUAGUCUGGUAUGGUUAAAGUGUGUUUCUAUCGAUAAAACAAGAUUUCUCUAUUACUUAUAUAACUUUACAAAUUAAUUAUUAUGUUUUACGGCUUGUGUGAUGAUGCUCAUGAUUAUUAGCCUCUGAAGAGGCUUGAAACUAGGGUUCCUCGUCAGUUACGUGAGUAAGCCGAAAAACAUAACAGUUAAGAUUUUCUUUCUUUCAACUUGUAACAUCACAGACAUUAGAUUUUUAUUUUUAUAAAAAAUCGCCGUAAUUUUAUCAAUAAACCCUUAUAAACUCAAGCUUCAAGAGAUAACAGUGAUUAGUAGUAUUAUUAAUGAUAACUUAACAUGUGUAUAAUAUUUAAAGUGUAAUAAAAGCAAUGCCUAUAUGUCAAAUUAUUAUAUCGAUUAUUAAAUAAUGUGUGAUCAUA